AUGGAGGUUUCUAGUGAAGAAGACGUGGGGUUUAUCACCACAACCAACAAGCUCAUCUCAAAGUCCAUUAAGAAAGGUGAAAUCAUUGUGUUCUCGAAAGGUUUGGUGCAUUAUCAGAAGAACAGUGGAGAUAAGCCUGCUUUAGUGCUUUCUGCUUUCAACAGGCAACUUCCUGGAACAUUUUCUGUAGCACGAAAAUCACAAUACUACCUCGGUUCAGGUCCCAACCGAGGCAGUAGAAUCCGAGAUAUUGACUCGGUUCAGCAGGAACCGAGGCAUAAUCCUACCGCUUUUUGA